CUCGCUGGUUCUGGCCAACGUACCGCUGCCACGCGCCUUUGACACUUGUGACAUUUUUGACACACAAAUCAAUUGUUACGUGAAUUUUCAGCGCGUCGGGCAGCAGCAGCAGGAGCACCAGCAGCAGCGCAGUGGCAGCUGGAGUGGCAGUGUGGCAGCAAGGGUAAUCCACAGCGAGAAACAGAAAUCCCCAUCAAAAGUCCCAUCAUUUUUUUGCCCUUCAAAAAGUGUCGGAAAAGUGCUGAAAAUGGAGCCGUAAUCGUUGCCUACUUUCGAGCGUUGCGCGUGUGACAUAAUUGCUCCGAACCGAUGAGAACGGAACCUUAAAGAUUAGUGCAAAUCGGAAAGGGAUUCACGCCAUAUCGGACCACACAUAACAUCGCCUUCCCCCCACACGUGUACCCAUCCGUGGGGGUUUUUCCUGCCUGCAAAUCGAUUUCUGUUUCCGGCAUUUUUCACGUGGCUGCUGGUGUCGCCACCUAUCCCCGUCCGUCUAUCCGCAUUGCCGUCCGAUUCCGUGCAGUUUUUGGUUGUUGUUUUUAUUGCUGCCUAACGAUUUUUCCCACAAAAACAACACACGGCGAAACGUGGCACGGACACAAAGUGUGACAGAGAAAGGGAGAGAAAAAUAGAGAGAGAGAGAGAGAGAGAGAGAGAGCGAGAGCUCUCUGCCCCGGACUCUCGGGGGCAUCGUAAAUCGUAAACAGUUUUGCCCCAGCUGAAAGUAACAGUCGUCGGUCGUUUGUGGGGUUUAUGGGAAUCGUUAUGGAUUUCCUGCCUCUGGCCUGUAUUUCGGUGGUUCUCUGCCUCUGCCACGGCCCCUUCCCCUAAAGCACGAGGUGGUGUGGGCGGCGCGGUGCGAUAUUUGGGGGCCUGCCUCUUCGUUUCGGAAUCAGUUUCGGUUUCGGUUUCGGUUUCAGUCAGUCAGCUGCUGCUUUCCACGUGCCACGUGUCGCAUGAGUAAUGCUUUUCUUUUUGGGUGAAAUUUCGCCUCUUGCAGUCGCCUCCCAACUCACGCCAUAGAAAAUACAAUAAAUGAAUAAACAAUAAACUACAAAAAUAAACAAAAAAAAAACUAUUAUCAAAGACUGUUUAAACAAUAUCCAAAUCAGGCUUCUAUAUCUUAAUUAAAUAAUCAAUUAAUCGAAUCGAAAUAUUUAGUGCUUAAAUCAAUUGCAAAAAAAAGUGUUCAAAAUUCUUAAAUCAAUUUGUAAUCCAACAAAAACAAAAAUUAUCCAAAAAGUAAAACCACUCGAAACCGAAUUCAACAAAAUCGAUUUUUAAAUGUUAGCGCGGAUUGAAUUUAACAGAGAAACGUAGACGAAAUACGAAUGCAAAUUAGAUGCAAAAUAAAUGGGUAAAAUGAGGUCAAGUAAAUACGAUGUUACCACAGCUUACGGUCUAUGCCAAGAUUAUUUACCUCCUGAUGGUGGUGAUUUCAGGUGCAUUAUGUACAGUAGAAGAUUACGUAAUAAUGUCACAGUGUGCACACAACAAAGCCAUACACCUAGCUGCGGCAGGAACAGUCUCAGUGACAGACAUUUCACAGAUACAAAAUAUAACGAUAGUCGGCCUCCUGGAUUAUGUGAACAACGAAUUCAAAAUAGCACUGUACGCAAAAGAAACCCAAAGAUAUUUGUGUUUCAACGACAAUUGGAGAUUAGUUGGCAUGAGGGAACUGCGCGAUACCUGCUACUUCAACGAGACGAUCGUGCACGGUUAUUUCGUGUUCCGGUCCGUUGUCGACCUGCAGCGCCGUGUCGGGUUCACGCACCGAGGUAAGCCCGUGGGGCCAAAGAAGAUCGUCAACGAUGCCUGCUACAUGUUCAACAAGAUCGAUGCCGAGCAGUUUUUCCAUCAGCACACGUUACCAAAAUGGCACGAGAUGGCCGCCAGUCAGAUGAUAGCCAGCAAUGGAAAUGGCAAUGGUAAUGGCAAUGGCAAUGGCAAUGGCAGUGGCAAUGGCCGGAAGCCGUUGCCGUCGCCGUCGCGCAGCAACAAAAACAAUCGCCACAAAUCGAAUAACCAAAAUCAAAAGUUGCAGCCGCAACAGGAGCAUCAUGGCCAUAAUAAUAAUAAUAAUAACAGUAACAUUAUUAUUAACAAUAGUAGUAAUAGUCUAAGUAGCACUAACAAAAAGCAAUUAGCAUUAAAUCGACAGAAGCAGCAGAAGCAACAGCAGCAACAGCAGCAGCAGCAACAUCAGGUGCGGCACCAUCACAAUGAUCCUUCGCUGCUCGCCAGGAGGCAGCAGCACGACAAGAAGCAGAAGCGGCGACGCAAGGAGCAGUUGCAGCAACGAGUCACAGCUAGUCCAACGAAACGAAUGACUGCAGCAGCCACAGCGGUGGCUGCCACCACAGCAGCAACAUCCACAUCCACCACUGCAACAACCAAAUGGUCAACAGCCACACUGUCCAUCAAGCGCAAGGGAAGACGAAGAAAGGGCCACAAGCCAAAGGCCAAGCCGCCGCAAGUCACGGCUGCAACAUCAAUAUCAACAUCAACCGACGACUCCCUCUAUAGCAGCAGCAGCAGCAGCAGCAGCAGCAGCAUGGGCUACGAGGAUCCCUACAAUGUCAGCAGCAGUAGCAUCACCUCCUUGGAGCCCUGGUCCACUUGGUCCACCAUUGAUAGCUUUACGCCAGAUGUUGCGGGUGUCAGUGGCAGCAGCAGCAGCAGCAGCACAACGGCAACAUCAGACGACAGUAUUAGCAGCAGCAGCAGCAGUAACUACGAUGCCUGGUCCACAUUCAUCACGGAGCUGGAGAGCGAGGCCUCCUCGGGCACCACCACAACAGAGAUGAGUGGCAAUGACACCGAACUGCUGCUGCAGUACGAGGCAGAGCUGGUUGAAGACGCGGAGCCAGUGUCCACCACGGACUACGAAACCAAAGGAACAUCAGCAGCAAUAGCAGCGGCGACGGCGGCCACAACUACCUCGACAGCUGGCUCCCAGCUGGUGAUAGAGCAGACGCCGCUGCAGCAAGAGAUGGCCAGGAGCAGCACAGCAGCCGCCAGAGCAGCGUCGUCUGCCACAACGCCAGCCACCACUCUCGCCAGUCGCAGUCAGACUGAUCUUGCACCAAGCACGCAUAAACUGAGCAGACAUCGUGGCGGUGGCAGUGGCAGUGGCAGCAUGGAGAACAGCAGGCAGUGGCUGCAGGGCGACAAUAAGUUGCAACAGCAGCACAAGCUACUGCUGCCACUGCAGCCGCCCACAGGCAGCACGCGAGUACCUUCGGCAACAACGCCCAGAUGGAGGCUCUCCAACGCGGCGGCAGCAUCCACAUCCACAUCCACUGUGGAGAGCAUGGCAACGACGCCUCAGCAGCAUGGGCUCAUCGACAAGAUAUUCAGCGUGUACAAGAACAUUAACAGCAACCUGAACAACACCCUCACCGAAGCCUCGCCGACAGUCGACACAAGGAGCACCAUCACGGCGGCUACCAGCACCACCACCAAGAAAUCUCUACGCAAGUCCACACAGAAGCUGAUGGCCACGCCCUACCACCAGCUGACCUACGUGCGCAAUGAGGCGGGCGACAUUGACAUCGAUAACCUGGACAAUAUCAGCGUCUAUCCCGAUCUGUUCGAGGGGGAACUGGACGUCAGCGACAGCGGCAAUGGCAACGGCUCCACCAGCAACAGUCGCCUCACCUUCGUCAGCGGGUAUCUGGCCACCUCGCCCACAUCCGUGCUGCCCGAGUCGAUACGGAUCGCCAAGAUCAAGAUCAAUAACGAGCGCCGGCGGCUGCAGCUUCACAGUCAGCGGAGGUUUGCGUAGUACCAAUACCAGACGAUAUACCGAUAUAUUGUAUUGUAUAACUAUACUCAGAACAGUUUUCAAAUGAAUUUAGGCACGAAAAUAAAACAGAAUUAUGGAUAAAUAUAUCCAAUUUAUAAUGAACUGAUACAUAUAUGUACAUAUAUACAGCGAUCGAUACUCGUAUAUAUGUAUGGGUAGUACCUAUAUGGAGUUGCUUACUGUUCAGUACCUCAGCUCAGCUCAGCUCAGACAGAAGUUUGCACUUGCACGCCUUAAAGCACACUACAGGAGCGGAUGUGGAUGCGGAAACGGGAACGGAAACGGAAACGGAAACCAGAUAACCAUAACUCAGGCCAUAUAUGUAUCAUCAAAUGGAGAGUACAGUGAAGUGGGCGGUAGACGGGGGGCCGAAUGGAAAGAACUCGCAGAACUGCUACAUAGUUAUAAAUGAAAAGACAAUAAGAUUUUUAUUUACGAGUAUGUGCUAUAUAAGCUAACGAAACGAAACGAAAAUAAAUGAAAAGAAAAGAAAAGAAACGAUGAGAAAAGCGAUAAUGAUAGCAAUAACGAUAGCGAUAGCAAUAAUCGAUGAUUGAUGUUUGAUAAUUAACUGCUAAAACAAACUGUUGGUAUGGAAAAUAAAAAAACCAAAAUGAAGAAUCAAUGUGCAUUUGCUUGUUUGGAAGCACUGAAAGCAAACCAAUUAAGUUUAUUAGCAAUGAGAAUUAACAACAGCAAAUGCUAAACAAUAUAUAUAUAUAUAUAUAUAUUAAUACAUACAUAUAUGCAUAUAUUUUCAAAAUUUUAUAAUGAACGAAAACUAAUUGCAAUUAGAAAAGAAAUUGAACGAAACCGAAAAAAAACCCAUGAAGACGUUUUUUAAAUUCAUACGCAAGCAGAAACUAAGAGUCAAUGACGAUAACGAUAACAAUGUCGCACAGCAAAACACUUCCAAAAAGUAAAGCAAAAUAAAAACGAAAACAAAAACGAAAAAAGAAUGUUUAGAAAUCAAUAGAAAAUCAAUAUUAAACAAUUUUACUAGGCACCGGCACCCAGCGGCGAAACGAAAUUGAACAGAACGUGGCGAAGAGCUCCAUUCAGAUUAAACCGAAUUUUUUUAAAUAAAUGCAGUUGCAGAAACUUGUUGAAAUUGUCAGCCUGUCAAAUCGAUUUUAGAGGGGAAUAAUACAAUACAUACAUACAUACACACAUACUCGUAUGUAAUGUGAGCGAGGGGAUGAGUAGGAGAAGAAAACCUAGAUCAAUGGAACAUUUUAAUGAACUAUUAACGCAUGCACGAGUGCUUCGUACUGCGACAGAAAAAACACCAAAACUCACACUGAAUAAGCCACGUUAUAUUUAUUAAUUGAAUAUGAAACUAAAACUAAAAACUAAAGCUAAGCAAAUCGAAUCAAAAUAGCAACAAAAC